UCAUCAUUUGUGCGAAUAGUUCUUUAAGAGUUCCUAAGCAUAACAUUUAUUUCACCUUUCGUUUGUGCGGAAGAAGAGAGUUGGCCAUACGCAUUGGCAAAGUCUUUGAAUGGUGGGAACCAUCGAUCCCUUCUUGCACCAUUCCUUUUCAGUUCUAUUCCUCCUGAAAGAGAAAGUGCAUGCUUCGCACCCGCUCUCCUCCUCCUCUCCUUCCCCCUUUGGCUCCUGCAAACAAGUCUGGUACCAUCGCUGCCCUGGCCUCGACCCAUCCAUGUGAACUUCCCAGUUCUUCCCCCACCAAGGAGUAGGUCCACGUCAGUGUUGUUUCUUCAGUUAUUCCAUAAUCUUGUCAGACGAUCAUGGACAAGAGGCAAGAAAAGAUGAAGAGGAAUGUAUCUGAGAAGUCACUACUGAUGCAAAAGCAUAAGAAGAAUAGUGAUGACAAUCAGAGCACGAAUAAGAACAGGUUUCUGGUAAUUAUCAAUGUCCUUGGGAGUACAGGACCAAUAAGGUUUGUGGUGAAGAAGGAUGAUCUGGUCUCUGGGGUGAUUCAGACUGCCUUGAAGACUUAUGCCCGUGAAGGCCGUCUUCCGGUUCUCGGCACCGACGUCAACAACUUUAUUCUCCAUGAUGCUGCAGAUUAUGCUGCCUUGCACCCAGCGGAAGCCAUAGGAUCUCGAGAAGGAAGGAAAUUCGUGCUGUGCAAGAAGCAGAUUCAGCCACAGAUGACAGAAGCCAGAUCCGAGAUGAUAUCGCGCAAGGGAAGUGGGAGCUGGAAGGCAUGGCUCAACAAGAGCUUUAGUUUCAAAUAACUAUCCCAGUGAGGUGUCUCUAUCUAGUAUGCCAUCUGUGAAUGAACCAUUAAUGCCCUAAUGCCAUAGGCGACGGAGGGACAUGAACUCAUCGCAAUUUCAAGCUCUUAAAUUGUACGAAGGACCAGCCAUGUAUGGAAUAUAUGUUUGCUUUUUAUCAUAAAGUUGUUGACUUGCGUGAUUCCUCUUCCAAGUGCGAGUUCACCAUGCAGAGAGAAAUGAUUGAACACAUAGAAUUCGGAGCUGGGCAAGAAUAUGAUGAACCCAGAGAAACAUAUGACUGCGAAAAUCAUGACGGCAUAUGCGCAAUGGCGCAUGCAUAAUAGGGAAGUCCCAGCGUGCGACUGCGACAAUCUACUGCAUAAAGUGCUCCGGGUUACUUGGAACAGGCGGUCUCGGCCUAAAUAGUUAGAGAGGUGGAUUGAUUAGUCGGACACUGGCGUCACGGACGGAUGGCGUGUGAAACGUGGAAAUAGCUUUGUCCUUGGCAUUGUGAGAGCCAGAAACCAAAGAAAUGUGAUUGAAGGGUCUCUCUUUUCAUCCUCUUCCUCUGCUUUCCCUUAAGUUUUCAGGCUUUGCAAACGUACAGAACGUCACUAUCAGUCCGAACGAGCGUGGCUUGUGAUUGGCAUCGAACGUCGGUCGCAUGUUUUUGUUCUUAAACAUUUGUUGGAUGUCGGAAGGAGAUGAGACGAGAGUACCUAAAUUCUGGGUGAAUGGUGCAAACUCCCCCUUAGGAUAUAUAUUUAGCGAAUCCACAUACUUUCAAUUUGGCGAAAGCAGUCUUCGUCCUAAAU